UACUGGACUUGGGGCUGACUCGAGCGCAAAAUUCACAUGUCCCGACAUUCCCACCCACGACGACGAUAAUUUAGAGUUCACAAUGAAUCAUUGCGGCCUAGGUAAAAGAAGGGUGGUAUUGCCAAGAGCUCUGACCUCAAGUGCUGAAAAUGCUCAACGGCACGCAGAAAUCCCAUCCUCGACCCUUCAAUCCCCUUCCCGAUCCCAAAAUGCCAUCCAUUCACUUCCUAGUUUUCGCACUAUCUCCAUCUAUUUCAAUAGUCCGUCUCGUUUCAUUCGUUAGCGAUACUGCAAAACGUGCAAAGCAGCCGCCACCGCAUGACAUCGCUUAUGACGCCGCCUCAUGUCAUGAUCAGCAGGGUCUUGCCCCUUUCAUGAUAGCGUUCUUUACACAAUCACAGCUGUCCCACUUUACUCCUACCCGUCGAAGUCUACUUGGAAGAGCCCUCAUCGAUUGGGUGAUCUCGACGCAAUUCUACAGGGGUACUCAAAAUCGGAGCUAGAGGAAAGGGAGGAUCCUUACGAAAUAUGGAUUAAGCUCUGCGGAGGCAGAGAGGGGAGAAGUAGGGGUGGUUUGGUGUAGGGUCUGAUCUGGAUAUAUAUCCAGCGUGCAGCUGCUUUUCUCAUUUCCAAACAAGCA